AUGCCGGUGGAAAAUGUCAGUCGACUGAGUAUUACGCUCAAGCUUCCGUUGAAGUUCUUCCAGUCAGUGGAGCGACUCUCAAACAACGACUCCACGUCCUCGGAUACAGACUUGGCGACUCAGCAAGCAAGUCAGUGGCAGCGAUUGGGUCCCAGUCUCAGCUGGUUCAAAGCUCUGAAGAAGCUGGACUUGUGGCUAGACCACACUGAGCCCCAAUUCUGGGCCGUGGUCAACGAGCGCUCGACCCUCUCCUCUCUCCUUACACAACUAAGCAAUCAUCCCAACCUUGAUGUUACUGUCACUCUGCCCAUGGUUCACCCAAAAUUCGAACAGGACGAGCGGCACUACAUCGACGAGGAAAUUUCACCCAAGAUAAUCUCACCGAAUGUCCGUAUACACAGGGUGCUGCGGCAAAAAAGGUAUGCUGUUGAUGAUGCUAAUGGAGACGUUAAGAUUGUCAAAAAGUACGAUUUUCCGUUCAUGUACGACGAGUAUCUGGGACUUGGACUUGGAAUGUCUUUGGCUGAGAUGGCGAAACGUGAGCGGGGGGAAUGGAAACAGGGUCGUAAUAUGGAGAAUGAGGCUGCAAGAGCUAGUCUGGAUUCCUUCGCUCAGGGCUACAAGCGGCUUCAAGACGAUAACGACCACCUCCGGAACGAACUUGCUGAGCGCACCCGUACGCAUGAACAAACUAUCACCCAACUUCGACAGGCAGCAGAGCAUCAGAACACCGAACAUGCUGCUGCGCUCAAGGCGACAAACAAGGAGAUACGCAUACUGCGACAAGAGAAAGAGAGCCUGAAAGAAAGCAUCAAAGAUAUGGAGUCUCAGAUCACAUCAGUCAACGACGAGGUUACUAAGCUGAGAGCAGAGAAUGCAAGACUUCGGAGUUGGUCGGUUUACCGCACCCGCGAGGUCAAAGGCUACCUCGACAAGAUCAAAGAUUGCAACAAGAGCUUUGAGAGCUACAGAGAGCGAGUGAGGGAUUUGGCGAACGAGGAUUAG